CUGACGCGACGCGACCUACCACUCCGGAAUAAGCGCAUUAGUACCGGUAACCUCAAAUUGCAAUACAUAGAGGUCCAGUAUUGUGGUAAUUCAGAUCCUCUUCAAGACAAACAAAGCACUUUGAGAAAUUUCACAAUGUCUCCCUCCGACGACCUCACCGAGGGUGAGCCACCCUCGAUCGACCCAUAUGAGAUCCUCAAUAUCGAGCGCACAGCCUCGCCCGAGCAAAUCAAAUCCGCCUACCGCAAGGCCGCGCUCAAGACACACCCAGACAAGGUUCCCUCGGACCGGCAAGACGAAGCCAAAACCAAAUUCCAGCAGGUCGCCUUCGCAUAUGCCGUUCUCUCGGACCCGGCGCGGCGCAAGCGGUACGACGAGACCGGCUCGACCGCCGAAGCAGUCGUCGACGCCGACGGCUUCAGCUGGACCGACUACUACCGGGCACAGUACCGCGACGCCAUCUCGGAGGAGGCCAUCCAGCAGUUUGCGGCGCAGUACAAGGGCUCAGACGAGGAAAAGGAUGACGUGCUGGCCGCCUACGAGGAGUUCGAGGGCGACAUGGACGGCGUGUACGAGACGGUCAUGCUCAGCGACGUGGUAGAGGACGACGCGCGCUUCCGCGCCAUCAUCGACGAGGCCAUCGCCGCCAAGCAAGUGCCUGCCUUCAAGAAGUAUACAAAGGAAACCAAGAAAUCCAAGCAGGCGCGCCUCAAGGCUGCCGGGAAGGAGGCUAAAGAAGCGGAUGAGCUCGCCAAGGAGCUUGGCGUGUACGAGCAGCUGCGAGGUAGUCGUGCUUCUGGUGGUGGGGCUGGGAAGAAGAGUAAGAAGGACGACGAGACAGGGCUGGCGGCGUUGAUUCAGCGUAACCAGGCCUCAAGGGCCAGCGCGCUGGACAAGCUGGCCGAGAAGUACGGCGCUGUGCCCAAAGCUGGGAAAGGCGGGAAGAAGAGGGGUGCUAAGGAGCUGGAGGAGCCGGACAUUUCGGAGGAACAGUUCCAGAAACUGCAGGCUGAUAUGCUUAAGUCGAAGAAGAAGCGGAGUUGAGGGCGGUUCUUACAGUUGCUUCGGUUCGGGAUUUUGUUUGGAGGGAAGAUGGCGUCUACUGGCACAGCACGAUACAGCAUUGGCGUUGGGGAAACAGGCGCUUCUACGCAAACGAUUGGAAUUUGGGUCCGGGUGUCGAACAGGAAGUCAUGGCUUUCAUGCUGAUGAACGAGUUACAUGUGAAUGAUAGGUAGGUAUUCGUAUUGAGGAAGCUGAUCGUUGAAGAUUCGGCCCAGCUUCUUCUGUGGCUGAUCCGUGGGCGCUGUGUGACCCGGUGACCAUGCAGAAAGCUUGAAUCUGACAGACGUGAACAACUUUCCUACCUAUCCCAUAUCC